GAUCAGCUUCAACACCUUAACGGCCGCAACGACCUGGACGCUGUCCUUGCAGAUCUUGGAUCGUGCGGGGCACUGCGCUCUUCAAAGAGACGCUGUUGGCAUGUCAGCUGCCAUGGCAGUGCAGCCUCCAUACCUUUGGCGAAUGACUUUGGCCUACUUUUUGCGCAGCGAAGAAAGCACGGCGGCGGAUCUGGUGCUGCAGAACGUUGUGUGCACCUCGCUGGAGCGCAGCGGUCAAUGGCCAAGGUCCUUACACCUCAUCGGGCACGCGGCAAGCGACGUGGUCACUUGCUCCUGUUUCCUUGGCGCUUGCGCGCAGGGCAGCUUUUGGGAUGAGGCGCUGCACUCUUUUGCGAUGUUGAGAAGUCAAGGCCUUGAGGUCAAUGACCAGCUGGCCACCAGCGCCCUGACGGCGCUCACGAGCUGGCAGAUUGCUGCCAGGUUGCUGCAAGGCGCCCAGCGGCGCCAGCUGCGGCUCAACGUGGUGCACCACGCGGCGCUAAUGACGGGUCCAUGGCCUCGGGCCCUGCGGCGGCUGGAGGCGGCGGGAGGAGAGAUGGUGACCCGCAGCAUGUCAGGCCCCGUAGUGGAGAACUGUGCGUUGAAAUCCAUGGACAAGGUCUGGAGAUGGUCUUUGCAAGUCAUGGAGUCGAUGAAGGCGCCACGAGCAGACGUCGUGUCCUACAAUUCGACCAUGGACAACUGUAGCCUUGGGGGACAAUGA